UGUCGCCAACUUUUUUGACGCUGCUGCACACUCUCCUUCCUCUGUCUCCGCCGCUUCUUGUUCCAAUCACCACCCUUUCUCUACCCGUUCGCUUCCGUCAAAAAUCUCUGCUUUUUUUCUUCCCUUUCUCAAUGUCCGAAAAUUACUCCAAUUACCCACCUCCCGAAUUUCCAUCUUUUUAACUCUUCUCUGCGCCUCCUUCUAUCUCUAGCUCUUCUCAGAAGAAUUUCUUACAAGCAUAUACAAUACAAUGAAGAAAAGCCAUCUGGGUCCUACCGUUGUUCCUUUUUUCCUACUCUGUCUUGUCUCUUUUGCGCGCUCUCAGCAGAGCGAGGAUGCCGCCGUGAUGCUUAAACUCAGAGACAGCCUCGGCAAUCCGUCAAAUUUAGGAUGGUCUGGUUCUGACCCAUGUAGCAGCUGGGCCCAUGUGUCAUGCACAGGCAACCGUGUGACCGCUAUCCAAAUCGGCCGCCAGAACCUUGAGGGUACUCUUCCUCCAGACCUCAAAAACCUGACAGCUUUACAGCGAUUUGAGGUAAUGGGCAACAAUUUAACGGGUUCAGUACCGAGUCUUGCCGGGUUAAGUUCGCUUCAAGCUGUGUAUUUACAUGAUAAUGGUUUCACUUCAUUUCCUUCCGAUUUCUUUGACGGGAUGACUUCGUUAUUCGACGUGAAUUUGGAUUAUAACCCUUUUCAACCUUGGGAGAUUCCAUUAAGUAUUAAAAGUGCAACGGCCUUGAAGGACUUCUCUGCUAAUGGAGCUAGUAUAACGGGCACGAUCCCUGAUUUUUUCAACAAUGAUGUGUUUACUUCACUCGAAAGUCUGCAUCUGGCAAUGAAUUUCCUGGAAGGUGGACUGCCGGUGAAUUUUUCACGGGCGAUGUCAUUUAGUUCCCUCUGGCUUAACGGCCAAAAGAGUAAUUCACGGCUCAAUGGCACAAUCGAUGUGUUGCAGAACAUGACUGGCUUGCAGGAGAUUUGGUUACACGGGAAUUAUUUCACGGGUCCGUUGCCAGAUUUUACACCGUUAGUUAGCUUAAAGAAGUUGAGUUUGAGGGAUAAUCAACUCACGGGUAUUGUUCCACCACCACUGUGGAACCUUCCCACUCUUUCUGUUGUCAAUUUGACUAAUAAUCUGCUUCAGGGGCCAACCCCAAACUUUACUGAGGGAAUUAGAGUGGAUAUGAACAGUGGGUCUAAUAGAUUUUGUUUGCCUGGUCCUGGUGUUGCUUGUGACCCUCGUGUCAAUGUUCUGUUAUCAAUUGUGAAAGACUUUGGAUACCCUGCGAGUUUAGCUGAUAGUUGGGAAGGAAACGAUCCUUGUGCACAGUGGAAAGGAAUUUCGUGUUCACCUGGAGGGAACAUUACGGUCAUCAACUUCCCAAAAAUGGGGCUUAUUGGUACAAUUUCUCCAAGUUUUUCAUUAAUUCCUUCAUUGCAAAAAUUGAUUUUGUCAGAUAAUUUGCUUACUGGUACCAUACCAACAGAGCUUACAACUCUGCCUAGUCUUACUUUAUUAAACGUUGCAAACAAUAGACUUUAUGGUAAGGUACCUAGUUUCAGGCAAGUGCAAGUGAUCACUGAUGGAAACCCUGAUAUUGGUAAGAAUAGCAGUAGCUUCACUCCCCCUGGUACACCUCCAGGGACACCGGAAUCACCUUCCGGCAAAGAUGGAGGCGGCAGCGGUUCUGAUGGAAGUGGUAGUAAGAACUCUGAUGUGGGAAAGAUUGUGGGUUCUGUAGUUGGUGCUGUUAGUGGAUUAUGUGUCGUCGGGUUGGCUGUGUUUUUCUAUAGGAGGAAGCAGAAACAUUACAGUAAGGUACAGAGUCCAAAUACAAUGAUUAUUCAUCCUCGCCAUUCUGGAGAUGAGGAUGGUGUGAAAAUUACAGUUGCGCAAUCAGGCUCUAAUGGUAGAGCUGAGAGCUAUACUGAAAGCAGUGGGCCUAGUGACAUUCAUGUAGUUGAUACUGGGAAUAUGGUGAUUUCAAUUCAAGUUUUGAGAAAUGUGACUAAUAAUUUCAGCGAGGAGAACAUACUGGGAAGAGGUGGUUUUGGGACUGUUUACAAGGGAGAAUUGCAUGAUGGGACAAAAAUUGCAGUAAAAAGAAUGGAAUCGGGAGUCAUGAGUGAAAAGGGUCUGGCAGAGUUUAUGUCUGAGAUUGCAGUGCUCACUAAGGUCCGACAUCGGCAUUUAGUUUCACUUCUUGGAUAUUGCUUGGAUGGAAAUGAGAGACUUCUUGUUUAUGAAUAUAUGCCUCAGGGGACUCUUAGUAGAUAUCUCUUUGAUUGGAAGUUAGAGGAGUUGAAACCACUUGAAUGGACUAGAAGAUUGACCAUAGCCUUGGAUGUUGCUAGGGGUGUUGAAUAUCUACAUGGACUAGCACAUCAAAGUUUUAUUCACAGGGAUCUGAAGCCUUCCAACAUUCUUCUUGGAGACGAUAUGCGCGCCAAAGUUGCAGAUUUUGGACUGGUUCGUCUUGCUCCAGAAGGGAAAGCCUCAGUUGAAACCAGACUAGCCGGAACUUUUGGAUAUCUUGCACCAGAAUACGCUGUGACUGGACGAGUGACUACCAAGGUUGAUGUGUUUAGCUUCGGUGUUAUACUAAUGGAGAUGAUGACAGGAAGAAAAGCGCUGGAUGAUACCCAGCCUGAGGAGAGUUUGCACCUUGUUACUUGGUUUCGAAGAAUUCACAUAAACAAAGACACAUUCUUUAAAUGUAUUGACCCAACUAUUGAGCUCGAUGAGGAAACACUGGCCAGCAUUAGCACAGUUGCUGAGCUAGCCGGCCACUGUACUGCUAGGGAACCUUACCAGAGGCCUGACAUGGGUCAUGUGGUUAAUGUUCUAUCAUCUCUUGUUGAACUAUGGAAACCAGCAGAACCAGAUUCUGAUGACAUGUAUGGGAUUGACCUUGAAAUGACCUUGCCUCAGGCACUCAAAAAGUGGCAAGCAUUUGAGGGAAGCAAUUUGGAUGCCUCUUCUUCAUUUACUACAAGUGGGGAUAAUACGCAAACGAGUAUACCCACUCGACCAUCUGGGUUCGCAGAUUCGUUUACAUCAGCAGACGGACGGUAAAUGAAGAAAAAGAAAAGUUAAGAGAGAAAUUGAGAUGAUGCCCCAUGUUCAGAUUGUUUGAUUGUUUCUUUUAUAUCCUUGUGCUUGUUCUUGUAAGGUUUGCCAUCUUAUGAAUAUUUUGCUGAUGCUCUCUUUUUAGGUUUUAAAAAAAAAAAAUUUGUACAUUUUUCUGGUGCUUAUCAGAUUGAUAGGAAUUGCAAACAGAGAGAUUCUUUGAGAAUGAGUUAUCUUUAUUUGUCAUCUUUUCA